AGUGAACAGAGACCUGGAAAGUUGGGUUGAUCAAGGGAGGGGCCAAUGAAGUAGAAGUUCCCUUGAAGUUGUGGGAAAAGUUAAAAGCUCUAUAGCACAACUAAAAGCAACCCUAAUGGGAUCCUAGAAAAUCCUUCCACUUAUGUCACCCACACAUUGUAAAGUCACUUGCACAAGCCACCUCAUGGCCUGAGGCUUACAGGGAAGCAAUGGAGAUCUCACUAUCCAGCAGCCACUGGUGUGCCAUGGAGAUCAAUAAACAAUGCCCAGCUGCAUUAUUGUAUUUAGUGUCUGUUAUUUCUGUCCUUCCUUUUUCUUUGUAGCAUUAGCAUGUGUAUCCACUCAUGCCAGCUCAUGUUUGCAAUGCUUCCUAGUUGAUCCAGUGGUGUUCUCCAUCCCUUACUCCAGCUCUACUUUCUCUUAUUAUCUUCCAAGUCCUUUCUUUCUCUGCCAUUACAGCCAUUAUACUCAAUCUUGCCUCCAUGGCCUCUGAAGCUUCUGUGACAGAUCAGACUGUUAAUGAGGACAUUUUGUUGAUAGCGGAAUGAUUGAAACCUUUUGCAGCACAUGGGGACUAAUGUCUCUGAUAACAUAAAUAAUGCUGAUGAGGCUCUUCUCUCAAAGAUUGAAGAUCUAAAAGGAAAAGAUGAAGAGGAAAUAUCCAAAGGAAAAGAUGAGGAAAAAGUUGAUGCGAAGAAGGAUCCAACAACUGUUGAAGCACCUACAGCUGAACCAGAAGAAAAGCUGGACCAAGAAGUGGCCACUGUAAUUGAGGAGGUGGAGGAAGAAGCCAAAGAUAAGUUUUAUUUAGAACCAUCAGUUGAAGCCGAAGAAAAGGAACUGAAGGACAAAUCUGAUGCACUUGUCACUCCUGAGCUACUGAAUGAACCAGUAGAUCAACCAACAGAGAUUUCGGAACCAUCUGUUGCAGAAGAAUCAGUCGAAACACUGAAAGAAAAUGCUCAUUCAGAAACUGUGACUGAAGAAUCAAUGAGUGCUGAAGAAUCUUCUGAAGUUUCUGCUGCAUUUAGUCCUCCAUUACUAACAGAUGACAAGCCCGUCGAAUCACCAACUGUAUGCAUUGUCCAAGAGCCUGCUCCUGAUGCAACUGUAGCACUCAAUGCUACUGAAACAGCAGCAGACAGAGAGACUGCAUUUGAUGGGGUUGCAGUCAGUCCUGAAUCAUCAAAACAACUUCCUCCAAUUGAAACUAUUGAAUCGGAAAGCUCAGAUGCAGUUACUGUGGUUCCUUCUGUGAGUGAGCUCAUAGAAUCCACUGAAAGGACAGAUGAUGAUCAUAAUGCUGAUUCGGAUACUAGGAAAUUAGCAGGAGAAGAGCUUGUGCCUGAAGUUGAAGUUGCUGAACGUCUCGCAGAGCCAGUAGUUGAUGUUAAGCAGGAGCAAGAAAACACUAUGGAUGUUGAGGCAACAGCUUUAAGCGAAACAAAUCAAUCAGUAAAGGUUUCUGAAGAUGUCAAAGUGAUUGUUGAGACAAAGAAUGAAAAUUUGGAAGGUGAAGACUUGAGCUUGGAUACUAUAAAAUCAGCAGAAGAGAUUGUGCCUGAAGUUGAAGAUGCUGAAUGUAACACAGAGCCAGUAGUUGAUGUUAAGCAGGAGCAAGAAAAAACUACGGAUGUUGAAGAAACAGAUUUAAGCGAAACAAAUCAAACAGUAAAGGUUUCUGAAGAUGCCAAAGUGAUCGGUGAGACAAAGAAUGAGAAUUUGGAAGGUGAAGACUUGAGGUUGGAUGCUAAAAAAUCAGCAGGAGAAGAGCUUGUGCCUGAAGUUGAAGUUGUUGAAUGUACCGCAGGGCCAGUAGUUGAUGUCAAGCAGGAGCAAGAAAAUACCAUGGAUGUUGAAGAAACAGCUUUAAGCGAAACAAAUCAAACAGUAAAGGUUUCUGAAGAUGCCAAAGUGAUCAGUGAGACAAAGAAUGAGAAUUUGGAAGGUGAAGACUUGAGCUUGGAUGCUAAAAAAUCAGCAGGAGAAGAGCUUGUGCCUGAAGUUGAAGUUGUUGAAUGUACCACAGAGCCAGUAGUUGAUGUUAAGCAGGAGCAAGAAAACACUAUGGAUGUUGAAGAAACAGCUUUAAGCGAAACAAGUCAAACAGUAAAGGUUUCUGAAGAUGCCAAAGUGAUCGGUGAGACAAAGAAUGAGAAUUUGGAAGGUGAAGACUUGAGCUUGGAUGUUAAAAUGUCAGCAAGAGAAGAGCUUGUGCCUGAAGUUGAAGUUGCUGAACGUACCACAGAGCCAGUAGUUGAUGUUAAGCAGGAGCAAGAAAACACUAUGGAUGUUGAAGAAACAGCUUUAAGCGAAUCAAAUCAAACAGUAAAGGUUUCUGAAGAUGCCAAAGUGAUCAGUGAGACAAAGAAUGAGAAUUUGGAAGGUGAAGACUUGAGCUUGGAUGCUAAGAAAUCAGCAGGAGAAGAGCUUGUGCUUGAAGUUGAAGUUGCUGAACCCAUCACACAGCCUGUCGUUGAUGUUAAGCAGGAGGAAGAAAACACUAAGGAUGUUGAGGCUACAACUUUAAGCAAAAUAAAUCAAGCAGUAAAUGCUUCUGAAGAUUUCAAAGUGAUCAGUGAGACAAAGAAUCAGAAUUUGGAAGGUGAAGACUUGAGCUUGGAUGCUAAGAAAUCAGCAAGAGAAGAGCUUGUGCCUGAAGUUGAAGUUGCUGAACAUACCAUAGUGCCAGUAGUUGAUAUUAAGCAGCAGCAAGAAAAAACUAUGGAUGUUGAGGCAACAGUUUUAAGCGAACCAAAUCUCAAAGUAAAUGCUUGUGAAGACGUCAAAGUGAUUGGCAAGAUGAAGAAUGAAAAUUCGGAAGGUGAAGACUUGAGAUUGGCUGAAAAAUCUCGGGACAUCGACUUCGCUGGAGUCGAAAAUAAGGCAUCUGCUAAGAAUCAAGAAUGUGAUCCUAAAGACUCUGAGACAGCAGCAAAGCCAGUAGUCAAGCAGACCCUUUUGGAUAAAUUUGUAGAAGAGAGUACAGAAGACAAAGAGAAAGAGAGUGUCAAAGUUUAUGAUCAAAGUCUAGCUGCUUCCACUAAAGAUGAUGAUGGUGCUACAAAAACAGAUGGGGCUCCUAAAUCAGAAACACCUGCUAAGAAAUCACAACGAAACAUAAUAUCAAAGGUGAAGCAGUCGAUUGUCAAGGUGAAGAAGGCGAUCAUUGGGAGAUCGCCAAGUUCGAAGACCAUGGCAGCUGCUGAAGGAAUCGAAGACACAAAACAAAAGUAGAUGGAGACUGGAUGAACACGGUUGCAUGGCUUUGAGUGUAAUACGUUCAUGUUUUCUGUUCUUGGUUGUUCUUUUGUGCUUCUGUGUUGUUUAAGCAUGUUCGGCAACCUGCCUCCCAGAAAUGUGCCUGAUAUUUGAUGGCCUGUCAUGAAGCUUGUGUAUCUCUGCUUCUGCAGCUAUCCAAAUCCGGGGGAGAACUCAUCAAAGCUGUUGGCCUCUGAUCAGUAGCUGGGAAGAGUUCUUUGUGGUUUCCAUUGGCUUCCUUGUCAUUGAUUUGUAAUAUUUUUGGAGGUGUUCAUAUUAUUUACAAGACAUUCUUUUGGUUGUGAUAUGCAUAAUCUUCUUCUA